UAAUGACGUCGCGUUUAGUAUCAUAACACGCAUGCGCUUUUGCGUCUUGCUGAAUGGAAACAAACGAAGUUCUGCCAAAAUGUCCAGUAAAGAAGUAAAAGCUGAACUAAAAAGUGCUAGAGAAGCCAUCAAAAAUAAAGAGUUUAAAGAAGCUUUGAAACAUUGUAAGGCUGUUCUCAAACUUGAGAAGAAUAACUAUAAUGCUUGGGUGUUUAUUGGAGUGGCAGCUACAGAGCUGCAGCAGCCGGAUCAGGCUCAGACCGCCUACAGAAAGGCCACUGAACUGGAGCCAGAGCAACUGCUUGCAUGGCAGGGUUUAGCAAAUCUGUACGAAAAAAGUGACCAAGCAGAUUUCAAA